AUUUCGUUAAAAUACUUUAAUGCAGUAUAACUAUCGCUACAAACAAGACGUAACAUUUGAAAGAGGUGAACUGGUUAUUCUUAUUUAGGUGUAUACGAAAGAAAUAAACAAAAUGAGUGAUUCGGACGAAAGCAGCAAUACCUAUAUUGACAUCAUUGGAGAAGGAAUGGACAGCAAAAAAGACGACAAAAAUGUUCCAGAACGAAGGAGAAAAUCUAGUUAUACAUUGAGAGGGUUAAGUUCUGAUGAAAUUCAAGAUCUGCGGACGAAAAUAAAUAGAAGGGAAAGAAAGCGAAUGCAUGAUUUGAAUUCGGCCUUGGAAAGUUUACGCGAGGUGAUGCCAUAUGCAAAAGGACCGUCAGUACGAAAACUUUCUAAAAUAGCUACACUUUCAUUAGCAAGGAACUAUAUUCAGAUGUUGAAUAAAUCAGUUGAAGAAAUGAAACAAUUAUUGGAUGAAAUAUACAGAUCAAGUGCUGCCACACACAGACUUCAUGGUGGCACAUUGCCACCUUAUGGCCACAGCUAUCAUCAACUGAAUCGACAAUUUACCAUGAUGCCGUCUGCUCCGCAAGAAACGAGCCAGUUGAUUUCGCCGCCAAUAAGGAAUUCAGCGACAUCCAGGUGUUCUGUUGCUUUUUGUCCCUGUAAAUUAACGACUCAAAACCAAGGAUGUGUCAAUAACAUUUUGAAAGAUUCACGAGAUCCCGCACGUGUAAAUUUGUAUGAUGCACGAAAUAUGAACUUGGAUUUGCAUAAUUAUUUUCACUACCAUGGACAUAAUCCAACUGUUAAAAAAAACGAGAACAUUUUUAUGGGACCAAGAACUGGAUUGUGAACUUGAUAUAUUACUUGUAUUUACUCUGUAAGCUACAUAUGUAUAUAUAUUUCAAUGAAUUAAAUACUCAGGACACAUUU